GUCAAUGUCAAAAUGAUAAAAAUCAUAACAAAAACAUGUGAUGCGAUGUUUUAAAGUUUAAGGUUAUGUAGUUUGUUUUUUUUCGUAAUAAUUUCUAAAUAUGGGCCUAACUAAACAAUAUUUGCGUUACGCCCCAAGUGGUAUCUUCAAUGUUAUCGCGAGUCCUGACUGCAACAGUACCCAUGUCACUCUUAACGGUGUUAGUGGAAGAUACAUAGCCGUGGGUGCAUGUGAACAUGUUAUUAUUUGGGAUAUGAGAUUAGGAGAAAAGGCCCAAGUGAUACCAGGUGAGAGUGUAGUGGUGUCACAAAUAGCAGCCAGCCCCACUGGCAACCACAUGGCAGUGGGCUAUGUUGACGGGAAUAUCAAUGUGUUUGAACUUGUCAACAAUGAUGUUGUGUGUGUCUUUGCUGGCCACAAGUCAGCCAUCACCUGCUUACAAUAUGAUGAACUGGGCCACAGGAUUGUUUCUGGAUCGAAGGAUACAGAAGUAAUUCUGUGGGAUGUGGUAUCCGAGACUGGUGUAGCUCGGUUCAGUGGUCACAAGGGGGCAGUAACGAGUGCCCUAUUCAUUAACAGUAGGAACUGUAUUGUGAGCUCAUCAAAAGACACUUUUAUCAAAUUCUGGGACAUUGAGACUAAGCACUGUUUUAAAACGCUUGGUGGACAUCAAAUGGAGGUGUGGUCGGCUGUGCUGCUGAAAGAAGAAAGAUAUUUAGUGACAGGCAGUAUGGACCAGCAGCUGCGUGUGUGGAAGUUGAACUGGACUGACAGAAUCAAAGAGGAGGACAAACUUGUACAGCAACUUGAGAUCACUAAACUAGAAGAUGCAGACUCUACAGAGGACAGCUCUAUGCUGCAAUGCCACCAAGUGGGCACCUUGAUCCGUGGUGGUAGGGGCCGAGUGGUGGGCCUCGCGACAGACCCCGGGCAAACAGUGCUAGCGUGCUACGGUACUGACUCCUUGCUGGAAAUGUUCUCCUUCUGUUCUGACGAGGAAGCCAGGGUCCGGAUGAAUAAACGCGUCAAGAAACAAAGGAAGAAAUUGGCUAAACAGAAAGAAAAUCAACCGGAUGAAACACCAUCAGAUGUAUCAGAGAUCCUCACACUGUCAGAUGAAGUCAGACGAUUGAGUUCUGUGAAGUUAUCAGCUAAACUGAAGUCAGCGAGUGUGUUGGUGGGGACCACGGGGGAACUUCGCGUUGGGGUCACAUUGGCUACCAAUACUGUGGAGUUACAUAGCUUGACUAUGGAAGAGGGGAACGAAGUGAAAUGUCUGAAACAAAUCACGUUGGCCGGCCACCAGAAGCAGCCUGCGUGCGUCGCCGUCAGCUCCGACAACCUCGCCGUGCUCACCGCGGCCGCCGACUCCGUCAAACUGUGGAACAGGUCAGUGUCUACAUUGAGACAGGGUCUGAAACACAUCACGCUGGCCGGCCACCAGAAGCAGCCUGCGUGCGUCGCCGUCAGCUCCGACAACCUCGCCGUGCUCACCGCGGCCGCCGACUCCGUCAAACUGUGGAACAGGUCAGUGUCUACAUUGAGACAGGGUCUGAAACACAUCACGCUGGCCGGCCACCAGAAGCAGCCUGCGUGCGUCGCCGUCAGCUCCGACAACCUCGCCGUGCUCACCGCGGCCGCCGACUCCGUCAAACUGUGGAACAGGUCAGUGUCUACAUUGAGACAGGGUCUGAAACACAUCACGCUGGCCGGCCACCAGAAGCAGCCUGCGUGCGUCGCCGUCAGCUCCGACAACCUCGCCGUGCUCACCGCGGCCGCCGACUCCGUCAAACUGUGGAACAGAACAAGUCAGGCCUGUCUCCGCACGAUCCCGGUGCCGUGCGGGCGGCCCGCCAGUGCGUGCUUCGCGCCCGGCGACCGGCACGCGCUGGUGGGCUGCGCGGACGGCUCGCUGCUGUUGCUGGACGUGGCCGCCGCGUGCGUGCUGGAGCAAGUGCCCGCGCACGGAGCCAAGUGCGCCGCCGUCGGACUCACGCCUGAUCUGCGCGGUUGCUACACAGGUGGAGGUGACAAAACAGUGAAGCUGUGGCAGUUUGAACUUAUCCCUGACCCUUCAGGAGAUUCUAAAGCCAAGGUGUUAUCUGUACUACAUACAAGGACGCUGGAGCUCGAGGAGUCUGUGACGGCCGUGACAGUCAGUCAGAACAACAAGUUCAUUGCCGUGGCUUUGCUCGACUCCACCGUCAAGAUAUUCUUUAUGGACACGUUUAAGUUCUAUCUAUCCCUGUAUGGACACAGUCUACCAGUCCUAUGUCUGGAUAUUAGCUAUGACUCGAACAUCAUCGCGACCGGCUCAGCCGACCGCAACGUCAAGAUCUGGGGCAUGGACUUCGGGGACUGCCACAAGUCGAUAUUCGCGCACAACGACUCAGUGACGUCGCUGCAGUUCGUGCCCGCCACGCACUACUUCUUCACGGCGUCCAAAGAUGGGAAGGUGAAGCAGUGGGACGCGGACAGUUAUGAUAACAUUAUAACUUUGAAUGGUCACGCAGGCGAAUGCGUCGGGCUAUCGGUGGGCGCGGGUGGGCUGCACGUGGCGUCGUGUGGGAGCGACUGUGGCGUGCGACUGUACUCGCGCACGGACGAGCCGCUCGUGUUGGGCGACGCGGACGAGAGCGAGGAGGGGCUCGCCACUGGAGAGCAGCAUGCACCCGUUCCUGGUCUGCCGGGACUCAAUAUGCCUACAAAGAAAACUAUUGGAGCGGAAAAAGCUGCGGAUUCAAUAAUAGAAUGUCUGUCUGUGGGCGCGGAGUACCAGCGCGAGGUGAGCGAGGCGCGCGGCCAACCCGUACAGCCGCCUGUGCUGAUGGCCGCCUACAACUGCAGCAGCGCCGAGGACUUCCUCUUCGAGACCGUCAAGAGGAUACGCUCUAGCGAGUUAGAAGAGGCCCUCCUGUUGCUGCCGUUCAGCGCAGCGUGCGAGAUCGUCCGCAUGCUGCCCGCGCUGCUGGAGCGCGCCGACCACGCCGAGCUGCUGUGCCGCCUGGCGCUGUUCCUGCUGCGCGUGCACCGCGCGCCGCUCGUGGCCAGCCGCGGCCUGCUCAAGCACCUCAUACAGAUACAGGCCAAGGCGACCAUGCGCCUCACCGAGCAGCGGGUGAGUGUAUACAAACGUUCAGCGCAGCGUACGAGAUCGUCCGCAUGCUGCCCGCGCUGCUGGAGCGCGCCGACCACGCCGAGCUGCUGUGCCGCCUGGCGCUGUUCCUGCUGCGCGUGCACCGCGCGCCGCUCGUGGCCAGCCGCGGCCUGCUCAAGCACCUCAUACAGAUACAGGCCAAGGCGACCAUGCGCCUCACCGAGCAGCGGGUGA